UCCUCCUGACGGUGAGCGACGCUCUAGGCUGCCUCGUGUGCUCUUCGCUGCUCCCGGCGGUCUCAGACCCGGGCUGGACUUGGGCGAAGGGACGCGGCGGCAGCGGCUGCUUCCGUCAUUUCUAUCCCGCGCCGCGCCUGGACGGUGCCGCAAGUAUUGACCUCUCAGGCUUCCCCCUGCCCAAACACGCGCCGUCCUCCUAAGACCCGGCGGCCAGCUUAUCUCUUAUCCUGACUUUGCUUUCGCCGUCCUCUGGCCUCCUCCUCCUCCUCCUGGCGGUCUUCCCGUGGCGCCGGCGCUUGCAAGCCCAACCCGCUCCCACCCUUUCCCCGACCAAGGACGGCAGUUCUCUCCCAGUUCCUUUGCACCCUCGUAUUCAUUGCCGUUGUUAUUCGCUUGUUACCCAUCAGAUUCUAGCAGUUUCGUCCCCUUCCUAUUUUAUACAUUGAAAAUUAUUUCCUUGUCUUUUAGUCUGCAGUCCCUCCGGGGUGGUGGUUGGGAGAGCAAUAGUCUUUCGUCGUGAUUUUCCUUUUCUGGCAAUAGUUUUGGAGAAGUAGCCUUUGAAUCCAUUGCAGUAAAAGCAAGCGAUUUUGGUGGCACUAAAGACUAAAAUUAUUUAUUCGGAUGUUGGCUUCUUUAGAUAGCCGUUACUACUAGAUUGCAGUGCUGUCACACACAUAAUUGGCCAAUCUAAUUUUGAUCAUGUGCCAGUAAGUGAACAUAAUUUGUAUGCUUUGUGAUUAGCUUUAAUUCUCUGUAGGCUUCUGUUUUCCUAGUAGUAGUAAAUGCCUUAGGAAUAAUCACAUUGUACAGAACUGCAGUGUAGCCCUUUUUGUGCCCUUUUUGCUUUACUUGGUCCAAAAAGACUGUAAUUGGAAUAGUUUGCAUUGUCUUCAUUUGUCAUUUAUAGAAAAUUGGUAGAUUUGUUCAUGUGUUAUGUAGUUUUUGUAUUUUUGCCUUAGGUGUAUUACUGACCAGUGAUAGAGAUGUAGAAAGAAUAGGAAUUGAUUAGAACUGAAAUCUUUCCCAAACCUAAUAUUUUUCAACCAUUUUGAGCAUGAUGUAGUCCCUAACAUCUUGGUUUUAACCACAGCGAAUGAAAAUUAUGUUACAACAACAAUAUAUGAAAUUAUUUGCUGCCAGAUAGAAAAAUGAUGUCCUAAGUGAAAUUGCUUCAGUUUUAGAAUGUUUGGCACUCCAGGCCUGCAGAAACGAAGUGUGAUUUAUAGCCAAGCUGGAAAUAGCCAGCAAAACUGCCAAAUACGACAUGGAAGACAGGUGAACUUCCUGAGAACUGAAGUGAAAGUUGACAUAGUUUCUAUGAAACCAUAAAUGACUUCUUGGCAUCUUGAUUGCCAUGACACCCAGCACAGGAUUAUGUGAAGAAUGUGGGAAUCCUCCCCUUAAAAAACUGCUCACAGCCAUGGCUAAUUCCAGGGUUUCCCUGUUGUUUUGACACCAUGGGAACGUGCUGCAGUAGCCCAUGCCGAGACAGGGUUCCAGAUAAUCACCCUACCAAGUUUAAGGUGACAAAUGUUGAUGAUGAGGGCAAGGAGCUGGGCUCAGGGAUUAUGGAACUGACACAGAGGGAGCUUGUUUUGCACACUCAUAAACGCGAUGCUGUUCGGUGGCCAUACCUUUGCUUGCGUCGCUAUGGCUAUGAUUCCAACCUCUUCUCCUUUGAAAGUGGACGUCGCUGCCUAACUGGACAGGGAAUUUUUGCAUUCAAGUGCUCAAGAGCUGAAGAGAUAUUUAAUUUGCUGCAGGAUCUGAUGCAGUGUAAUAGUAUCAGUGUGGUGGAGGAACCUGUUGUCAUUACAAGGAAUGCAGCUGAACUGGAACUACCCCGGACUCCCCAGACACCCGAGAUCCCAGGCUUUCCUAAUGGGUUCCACAGCUUCCCUAUGGAACCCUCAUCUUGCCCUGCAGCCUGCCAUGCCCCCAUGAGCGGUCUAAGGCAUUCUUCCAUUGGGGAGGACGGUACACAUGCUCUUAUUAUCCCUGAUGGGCAAUCCCACACCUACGUAAACACAGCCAGUGGUGAAGGUGAAAUAAGGGGCCAUCAUUGUAUGCACUCCUUACCUGAAGUUCAUCCUCCGAUUGCUCAUUCCAACCAUAGCUGUUCCCUGGAGGACCGGAAUCCCCAAGUUUACCUUCAGCCAGGAGAAGUGAAGUUUGUUUUGGGCCCGAACCUGGGUUAUAGGCACAGGAUGAAAUGUGAAGGCUACUGUCGACCCCACUGGGAGUGCUCAAGACAUUUCUGCACCCCUCAUAACAACAACAACAACGAUUACAAAGAAGAGUGCCUCGCCCCCAAGUGUGUUUAUGAAAACCUCAAUGGUCUUCUGCCUUCACGAGGAACCUUACUUCGUCAGGGUAGCGGGCGCUUGAAAAUUCCUCGUGAGGACCUGAAUCCUGCCAGUUGCUCCCAUCGCCGGACCGCCCUACUGCACUAUGAGAACCUACCAUCAUUGCCUCCUGUGUGGGAGUGUCAGCCCCUAAGACGGGGCCAGGAUGAUGAGGACUCCAGUGAUGCAAUGACACCUUCCUCUGCUGGUUAUCCAGAAAUUGAAGAAGACGACCCUUUACGAAGUUACAUGAAUUCAGAAAGGGUUGCCCUACCUGGAGGCAUGCACAGGGGAGGUUGCUUGCAACAGCGCCGCAGUUGUACCCCGAGUGUUUUCAAUUUCGACUUCUGCCGGCCCUAUUUGGAGCAGCCAAGGCAACUCAAUUAUAUCCAGGUAGAACUGCAAGAUGAUCCUUGUAAAGGGCGCCAAAGCAUACCAGUCCCCCAUGUCCCAUGUGCGGUUGCCCAUCCUGCCCACAGGACCAAUUCCUAUGCGGUCAUUGACCAUAAAAAGACAGCAGCCAUGUCCAGCUUGCAGAGAGCACUGCCUAAGGACGAUGGGACUUCCAGGAAAACACGACAUAACAGCACUGACCUGCCUCUGUAAGAAGAACAUUCAACCCAAGCACCUCAUUGUGGCUUUUGUAUCUGCUCUUCAACAAGUCAUGUUACAUAACUGCCAUUUUUUCAUUGUGCUCCCUGUUACUCUGUGUGAGUCACUGGAAUAGUUUCAUCAAGCUAAUUUAAGAAAUGUAGCCUAUCUGUGCCUCUUCCGAGCCUCCUAUUCCUCUACCAUGUACUUUCUGAAGCCCUGCCAUGUGCUUGAUUACUUGACGGGGCUGAUGACAGGGUGGGUAAUGGUGCAGUUGGAGUGUGAAGGCUAGGGAAACACUGUUUAAUAUUUAUUUUUGAACAUACACAAAUGAUAUUUAUUUUCAAAUUUUGCAUUAAUUUAUUUUUCAGAGACGCUGGUAUUUGUUUAUUUAUUCAUGUGAAAGUGCCCAGUAAAUGUAACACUGAAUUGCUUUGCAAUUAAUUCUUUUCUCCAUGAGAAUCAGGAAAGCUCCAAGAGGGGAGGAGUUGAAUCAUUUUUUAAAAACAAAUGCAAGGCUAGCCACCAAAAGGCAGAGCAGAGGAGGAGAUUCAGACUAUCAGAGAUAGUAAUGCAUGCAAGAAUGGUUCUAAACCCAUGUGGUCCCAGGAAUGGCUCAACACGCUGGCAAAGCUGAUCUUCCCAGCUCCAAUUUCUGACUGUGGUAUAUCUCAUAAUAUGCCUCCCUUCACCCUCAGAGUAGGAAAAAACAUGGAACUAUAAAUUCCUAAGAAAUCCUUGGUAAAUGUUUUUAAUCGUUGCUGUUUGCCUAACAGUUUGGGAUAGUCUCUAAGAUAGAGGUCUCCAAACUUGGCAACUUUAAGACUUGUGAACUUCAACUCCCGGAAUUCUCCAGCCAGCUAGCUGGAGAAUUCUGGGAGCUGAAGUCCACAAGUCUUAAAGUUGCCAAGUUUGGAGACCCCUGCUCUAAGAAGUUAAUAUUCUGAUGUUAUGGUACUACAGUAGUUCGCUAGAAUCACAUAAAAGCUUUCCUUCCUCCAUUUUACUUUAUUGCCUCAAAUCCAACACUCUAAUAUUGUCCCAGACAUAGUUCAAUAUGUCAGUGAAAUCCAGGCCAUUAUUUGCAAAUAAUUGAUUUUGGGGAAGUGGGGAAAGAGGGAACUGGAAUAUUUUGAGCAACCUUAAGGACAAGCAAAGCUUUACUUAUUUGGGACUUUCACAUUUAUGUUAGGGUUAGUAAUAAACCUACACUAAGGGAGUAUACAUAUGGCGGACAUUAUUUAUUUUGCAUAGCUGUUGGCCUUCUCAGGGAUUAGCCCUUCCAGGAAUAACUAUAUUUGACCUAAAGUUCAGUCAGUUUAUUCUGAAAAUCUGUUCCACUGAAGCCAUUUUUAAAGUUCACUGUAUGCAAAACAAGCAUUAUAGAAUUGGGGAUUAGGAUUUGAUAGAAAGUUAUCGUUUCUUUCCUUUCCUUUCCAAAUCUGUUAAGAGCUGUCCUUAUCUAACAGUUUUACAAAGCGCUUUUUGUUAUUUAUUUAUUUUUUGAAAAUAGAAUGUUUACCUGUUUUGCUUUGAAUUUCUCAUGUAAUUCCACCUCAAGGAGUCCAAAUUAGUACUAGUAUUUCAAGUGAUAAGCUCAGCAAAACCAAUCUAAAGUAUUCAUAAUUUGGGUAAAUAUUAAUUCUAACUUUUACGUAUGGAUCCAUACCAUUAAAACCUUACCCAAACAAUGUAGUGCAGAAGUUUUAAAACCGCUUCAAAUUAUGUUUAUUAUUGUUAAUUAUUGCUCACCAUAUUGUCGUGAAACACAUGUUUUGCAUGUAGAAUAUCCCAGAUUUAAGAGUAAGAAUUUCUCAUCUGAAAUAUAAGGUAUUACUUAUUAGCAUAGAUGAUAGAGACUUAAAUUAUGAAUACCAUGCUCCAGCAUGUCCUUUAUUUUUCAGUUUCCAUUCCACUAUUCCUUCAUAGUUCUAUUGUAGACUCAUAACUAAAAGAGAGAAAAAAUGCACUGAAGGAACAAGAGAAGAAAUGGUUGCAUAUAUAAUUAGUCUUGCUUCCAUUACAUGUAUUUCAUGUCACAAAGGAGUUAAUCAAUUAGUGCAUUGAGAUUUAAGAUUGACUUUUAUAUGAUAACUGCAUAUAGGAUGUGACUUGGAAGGUUUUGAAAGUGGCUGCUAUUCUAUAUGGUUUCAGUAUCACAAGCAGGUAUAAAAAUGUCAAAUUUCAGCAUUUUUUCCUCUAUUCCUUUCACUGCAGUCUUAUAAAUCAUGUUCUAAAAUUCAUAGCUGGAAGGGGAAGAUAGACAGAUUUGGGUAGACAUCAAGAUUUCCUCACUGUGGCUCAUUGUCAUAUAGUUAGGAUUGUCAAGAAGGCAUUGAUUUGAUGAGUGAUCUUAUAUCCUUGAUGUAUAAAUUGGGCUAUUUCUGAUUUUAACCAGUUACUAUAAAAUCAUUUUGCUUAUUCAGCACUGCCUUUUUAAUUGUUGUGCAUAAUAUGUUGAAAUUUAUUAGUAGACGUUAAAAUUAGGUGGUCUUUUAUGAUCAUUGACCUUUGUGGUGUUCCAGUGUCUAAUCAAAAUCUAUUAGAAUUAAUAGAAGAGUUUCUCUGUCCUCUAUUUGUACUUUAAGUCAACUCAGUCCAAAUAUAUCAUCAUAUUUUUAUUCUUCAAUUUUUAUAUAUAACUCAAGCAGAUGUGGUAUUCAGCAGGUUCUGACCAGU